CCACGCCCCGCCCCGCGCUGUCCCAGUCAACGCCAGCCCGGGGCGGGUGCCGCUAGCCCAGGCUGGGAGCCGAGCGAGGCGCCGGGAGUCCGCGGGCCGCGACCGGGUGGUUCAUUUGUGUGGCUCAAUACUGAGAAGCUGAGAACUGAGAAGAGAGAAAACACGGCUCCUCCCAUCCGUCCUACACCACUUGUUUGGCUCUUCUUUGGAUGCAGACCUAUUGAUUGCAGAGUAGAGCCCGGCUACCAGGUUGUCUUUCUAAGGGUGACAGAGGAAAAGGCCAAUGACGUCGGUGACCAGGUGUCAGUAUAAAGUGGCUGGUGUGGAGAACGGCUCCUGUGAGGCCUGUUUGGAUGAGAAUCAUUGAGUUCACAAAAGAAAGUAGCUGAUACAGGUGAGCAUCCCAUGGAUAUCAGCCAACCGUGGCAUAUAAAGCUACAGCAAGACCAGGCACCUCCUCUUCCACCAAGAACCAGAAAAGCUGACACUAGAGAAAGUUGAAAUACUUUCUAGAGACCAGCGUGUGCCGCAGAGCAGGGCCCUGAUCAGGUGUGUCAAGAAGGCUCUGUCACUGUGUUGCUGCUUUGAGAAGUUUACAGUCUCAGAAUCCAGUGACACGGAACCCCAGGUGUGCCUGCCCACCAGUGGCUCUGAAGAUCCGAGAGUGAGCUGGGGAAAGCGUCCUUGAAUGAGAACAGCGGGGAAGAGGAGGAGGAAGACUUGAUUAAGAAAGACAUUUGAGUUGGGCCUGCCCAAUGCGGGAGGUCAGAAUGCUGCUCCUCUGCCACGUGCUAGCUGUGACCAUCCUUCAGAUCUUGAUCUUCUCAGAAAACUGGGUGUUUGCCAAGAACAUUAACUUCUACAACGUGAGGCCCCCUCUUGACCCCACACCAUUUCCAAACAGCUUCAAGUGUUUUACCUGUGAGAAUGCAGGGGAUAAUUAUAAUUGCAAUCGCUGGGCGGAAGACAAAUGGUGUCCACAGGACACACAGUAUUGUUUGACUGUUCAUCACUUCACUAGCCACGGAAGAAGUACAUCCAUCACUAAAAAGUGUGCCUCUAAAAAUGAAUGCCACUUCGUGGGCUGCCGUCACAGUCGAGACUCGGAACACACGGAGUGCAGGUCUUGCUGUGAGGGGAUGAUCUGCAAUGUCGAGUUGCCGACCAACCACACGAAUGCGGUCUUUGCUGUCAUGCAUGCACAGAGGACAUCUGGCGGCAGUGUCCCCAUGCCUUACCUCAUGGUGCUAGCUUGCCUCUUCAUGCUUCCCUUGCUAUGAUGUAACUGUUCCUAAGAGGGACAGAAACCAGCGUUGUAAAGCACAAAGCAGACUGUGGACCGGUGAACUUGGGAGCGAAGGCCCACCUUUCACUUGAUAAAGAGGAGAAAUUGGACCCCAAAGUAGAAGGCAGAGGUUUGCUUCACUGAAAUGCUCCUGCAUGAGGUCACAGCACUGAACAUGAGGACUUGGUAGGAGCCAAGAGGACUGCCUAACUUCCAGUGUCUAGGGCCACUGCACUCCGUCACUUCUGUCAGAAGAUCCACCAGUAUUGUUGAUGGUUACAGUAGCUUAAUAAACCCUGACCUGACCAGACCUUCAUCUAGAAGGACUUUUUAACCUCAUGGACUCUCUCAGAGGCUGCUGGAUCAGACUCUCUGGCUUCCGUGAUUAGCUCAGAGCAUCUCCGUGAAAUUUCAUCCUUCUACCCAUGGGAAAGCCAUUUCUCUACUGUGUUAACUUCCCAUUAUUGUAACAAGUACCUGAGAUGAUCUACUUAUAAAAAUAGAUGGUUUGUUUGGGCUCGCGAUUUUGGAAAUUGCAGUACGUACUGGUUUGAGGCUUGUGUUAGAGAGUGAAGAACCGCUCACUCAUAGCAGAGACUUGAGAAGGAGAGAGUAUGGGUUGGAGAAAUGGGCACUAACUGAUCCCCUAGAGGACCCUGGUUUGAUUCCCAGCACUCACCUGGCAGCGCAUAACUGAUAACUGCAGUCCCAGGGGAUCCAGUGCCCUCUUCUGGCCUCUGAGUGCUGCAUACAUGCGGUACACAGAUAUAUUAUGUAUGGAUACACACUCAAUACACAAAAAUAAAAUUUUCUUUUUAAAAGGGUGAAGGAAGGAAAGAGAGAGAACUGGGAUGGGAGAGAAAGCCUGCACUUAGGUCUCUACAGUACCCUUCAAAGUCAUGUUCCCAGUGUCCUAAAACUUCCCACUAGUCCCAACUCCCUACGGGCUCAACCACCUCCUUAAUGGUACCAACAGGCUGAGGACCAAAACUUUAACCUUGUCAUAGUCAAGAGUUAAACAAUGGUGCCCACUAACCACCUGGUCAAUGAAAAGGGCAGUGGUGGGGAGGGGGGAAUUUCCAGUUGAAAUUCUAUGAAUCUGUUGGCCAGUUAUGAGGUGGUUGAGAUGGGGUAUAAAACUUUGAAUUAUCUAGUGUAAUGCAUGCCAUGUGUCUCUUGACAGUGUGGGGGCCUCUGAUGAAGGGCACUUACCAAUGUCACUUAAGUUGUGUUUCCAGGCACCCUGGGUGACAUAUGCUGUCUGAAAGAAUAAAA